UGCUCGGCACACACCUCGCGCACCGGACUGCGGAGCCACAUCGCGUCGCGCCGUUCCGCCUGCGCGUGCCCGCUUCGUGGACGUGGGCGCCACGGAGAGCCUCAGCGAGACCCCGGGACAUCGACAGCCCCUGAGACCGCCUCCCCCCUCUCCCCCCGUUCCGUGGCGCUCGAGCGUACCCGUACCGACGACCACACACAGCGGAGACUCGGCUCCAUGUAGCGGUGUGGCGACACGCAGGAGGCGCGAGAGGCGGCACGAGAAGCGGGCACGGGAGGGAGGGAUGUCCUUCCAGCACGAGCUCCCGUGAUCGGAGGAUGCGGCGCGAGAGCGGAGAGGGAAAAGAAGCCCGAGACCGCGCACGAGACCUCGGCGCCGCCGCAGCAGCAACAGCAGCAGCAGCAGCGCAGACGACGUCUUCGAACGGAGCUCGAGCCCCGCUGCUGGCGGAACAUCCAGUACAAUGGCAGGAACAGUAGAGGACAAGGUUUUGGCAUUUGAUCAGGAGUAGAAGGAGCCAGACUGGGCCAACCGGGCCCUUCCUGCAUUUGCUCUAUUUAAAUGAAGAGCAGCAGACCGAGAUCAUUGAAGACAUUCAGCGGGAAUUGCUUAAACUAAACAUUCAGCUGGAGGGCAACAACGCCAUCCGGGGGAGCGUGGACUGCGGGAGUGGCAACAGAACAGUCAGUGGGAGCUUCGACAGCAGAGAGGUCAGCAAGACUACAUACCCGAGGAGUACUGUAAACCACAGCAUAGGGAGGUAGCAACCCUCCUUCAGCAGGAGAACCUAGGUCAGCUCUGUGUGUGCCCCUGGUGCAGCUCUGAGCAUCACCAAGUCCAUGAGCCGGCUGUCGGGGCGCCUGCGUUCAGGGGGUGUGCGCCUUGGUUGUGGGGCGCUAACUGAGGAGGACUGCCUGGAGCUAGAAACUCCGCCCCCAUGGGGUGGUGAUGAGGGGCACCCAGGGACUGCAGGAGGAGCCCCCGUGGGCACUGGCUCUGGAGCCUCUCUUCACUACAGCUUUUUCUCCUCUCCCUCGCUCGCCAACGGACUGCGUAGUCCCGAAGAACGUCUGCACAAGAGAGCCCGCAUCGGAGCAAGGAGGCGUCGGCAUCCGGAGCAGGCAGAGCAGGUGGAUGAAACGGGGCAGGAGAAGCUCAGCAAGCCCCAGCCAGAGCUUCGGGAGACCCAGCAGCAGUCUGAGCCUCCCCCUCAGGCUCAGCCUGAUCUGCAGAUGGAGACUGAGACAGACUCUAUGACAGACCAGCCAGGCUCAGUGUCCCCAUUGGCUUUUAAAGGAGCAGCUCACCCCGAGGUCUAUACAACUGCAAUCCAACCAUGCACCCCUCCAUACUGCCCUGCAAAUCUCCACAGCUCUCCCGAGAGCGACCCAAACCUGCCGCUUCAGCCAGCCCUUUUACCACCUGCCCCCGUUCUAAUGCAAGUCCCCUUGCCCUCCCCUGUCCAGUCCCCUCCCAUCAUCCCUGCCUCAGUCAAGAGUGAGAAGAAGUAUGCACUGCGUAGCUCGGGGCGGCCACGUUUCCCUUGCCGACUGCGCAAAUCAUCCCGGAUACGUCGAACAAUAGAUGAUGAAAGAAGGAAGGAGGAGAUAGAGGGGGACAGUAUGAGGGAAAGCGAAAGAAGCUGGAGAGUAGAGAGAUCGGGAUUUGGGGUUUUGGAGGAGUCCAUUCAGUCAAGUGGACCCAAUAUCUCCAGCGAUCUCUUACCCUUCUUACCCCAUCCAGCUGUAGAAAUUAGCUCCCACGCAUCGGACCCCCUACAAAUUACGGGACCUGUCUCGUGUCGUGGCCGUCGCAGGGUACGGUAUGUGGGCGUGCGUAAGAUUGUAGUAAAAGUGGCUCGAAUUCCUGUCAAUCUCAGUCGGCGGCAGAAGAGCUACAAGAUCUCAUCCCUAGAGCCACCUGGACUUCCACUGGGGCAGGAAGGUGGAGGGGGGCCUGGAGGGGAGGGUGGGGAGGGCACUGGGUUCGGAGAAGGUGGAGGGGCAGCACCCCGAGAACCUACUGCACUGCUGAAAAUGAAGAACAAUGGGAAAAGCGUGAUGGUGAUGUUCCCACCUGGAGAACUGCCCGUUAUCUUGAAACGAAGGCGUGGAAGGCCACCGAAGCAGGUUCUGCCGGGCCAGCCUGACCCUCGUGAAACUCGAGCUAAUGCUGCUUCCACUGGCGAGCCCAAGAAACCACGACGACGGAGAAGGGUCAAGUUGCCGUCUCCACAGCCCUCGUACGUGGCCGACACCAAUGAUGUGAAAGCAGAAUACGGGGACGUCUUGUCCAAGCUGGCUUUUCUGAACCGCCAGCCGCCUGCGACGGGGCGCUGCUCACCACCCCGCUGCUGGACACCAAGUGAGCCUGAGUCAUUCCACACACCGCCCGAGAACCCUGGCAUCUCCGCGCUCCUGCACAGGCUCACAGGGUUUCGCCGUAGGGGCGGACGUGCAGGCUGCAUGGGUGGUCGGGGAGGGGGAGUUUCUGGCUCCAGUGAAGGCUUCAAAAGUUCCUUCAGCGAUUUCUUUGAGACUAUUGGAAAGAAGCGGAAAGUGCCUCCCACCGAGCCUGGACAGCCCCGCAAAAGAGGCAAGGGGGUAACAGCGGGCCUGAACAGAGCUGCUGCUCUAGGGGCCGAGCCAUCUGGUCUUGCCCCAGGGGAAAAAGCUGUCCGCAAGCGACGGUCCCGCAAGAACGGGGUGCUAAAACCAGGACAGGGGCCACAGGAACAGGAGUGGGCCAAUGGUAGCAGCAACUGGGGGACCAAAGUGGGUGGACGUGACAUUCAAAAUGACAGAGAGAGAGGUCCAAGUUAUCAGAGGUGCCCGUCCCCCAGGGGUCGUUUUACCUCGUGUGACAUGGGCAAAGGUUUCUACCCCACUGUAGGAGCAAGUGGAGGUGGUGGAGGUGGUGAGGAGGCACAAGGACUCUUUGCAGGGUAUUUUCGAUCUCUUUUGGACUCAGACGACUCAUCUGACCUACUGGACAUUUCCUUGUCAAGCCCAGCUUCACGCACUGAUUCUCGCAAGCUGGCGACGGGGUAUGACUCUAGUAGCCCUGGACAAAGCCAGCGCUGGUCUCCUGCUUUCCCUAAGAGAGCACUCAAAGGACACAGUCCAGCCAGCGACAGUCCACUUCACGCCCAGUCCAACACGCCAGUCCGACCCCCAUACAGCUACAGCAUGUCCCAGACCUCUCCUACCAUUUCCUUCCAGAAAUCUGCACCCCCUUCCCUGUCGCUAUCCCGCUCACCUAGCUCGCCACACCCCUCAUCCUCAGGGUACCUUCAGUACCCCUCUGGGUACGGCAGCGGGCAGUCAAGUGGAGGCAGCAGCACUGCCUUGCAGCAGCAGAGAAUGAGCGACUGCAGCUUUGGUUACAGUGCAGGACUUGGCAACAGCAAAGCCCCGCCAACUUCCCCUGCCGGACAGUGUCACAUGGGCUAUUCCGGCUUCCAGCCAUCCCAGGCCUCGGUGAAACGGAGCUACAGUGGAUACCUGGGAUCGAGUCAUUCUGCAUCGCUGUGUGGGGAGUCUGGGCCCAUGACGGCACCCUCCUCUCCUGGGGGGAAUUACAUUGGCAUGGCAAAGACCGGCCCUUUCUCUUCUGCAUCGCCCCCGGAGAGUUGCAAGCAGUACCCUUCCUCCCAGUGGGGAUACAGGCAUGGGUACCAGAGCUGGGGAGUGGAAAACUUUGGGUCACAUCAGUACCACAACUACACCGACUACUGCAGCAGUGGUGGCAACGAAUCGAAGGACAUCCUGGAUAUUUCAAACUACACACCGCAAAAGGCAAAGCAGAGGUCCUUCUCAGAGACCCUCUCAGAAUCCUCCUCUGACUCCACCCACUUGGGACCUGCAGGGGUUAGCAUGGGUGGAGGCAACAGUGGAUACAGACCACGUGAUAACCUGACCCCGGGCGAGGGCCAGUCUAGUUUGUCCAGCCUGGAGAAACUGAUGUUGGACUGGCACGAGAACUCAGCUGGUCCCUCCUACAACUGGAGUCAGAGCGUCCUCUUCCAGGGAGGGUCCAAGCCGGGCCGGGGCCGACGGAAACGAGCGGAAGCCCAAGGUGAGAGGGAGGCGUGCCCCUUAAGUUUCCCACCCGCUUCACCCUCCAGCUCCUCUUCACCCGGGCCUGGUCCCAAGCGCAGCCCAAUGGCUGCUCGACAGCCCCGAGGGAUGCGGGGCAGGGGCAGCUUCUCCUGCCAGCGAGACAGAGCCCUACCAGGGAAGCCGAAGGCCCAGAAGCCCACCGCACCAGCUGCCCAGUCCAGUGGGACGGGCCUGUUCCAAGACACCCUGGACUACUACAGCGGUGACAGCAGCAGCCUUUCCCCUCUACCCUCGCAGCAGCAGGGCUACAGCAUGGAUGCCUGCGAGUACUCGAGUCCCUAUUCUGUGCAUCCCUCCACCCCGUCCUCUGAGGAGCGUUUCUCCCAGCUCUUCCCUGGCGAGACCUCUUCCCUGUCCCCGAGCAUCUCUCUCCAGCCCGAGGUGAUCAAACCGUACCCCAAACCAGCCCACCCCCCAGCUUACGCUGCACCCCCACGGACCUUCUCACCCAGCUGUUCCCCCUCUCCCCUGCUGCUGCCCUCCUGCAGCGCAGCCCAAAGCCCCCACCGGGCCCCCAGCAAGGACUUCCCACAAUAUGACUCCCCCAGCUACUGCAGCUCCCCCUGCUGGUACGGGCAGGCAGGUUCGCUUGCCGGUAGCCCACAGAGCUACGAGUCCGAACGGCCCCCUGGCGCGAGCCUGCCUCCCCAUGCACGGACUGAUAAAAGGGACCUGAGCCAAGUGGGUGGGGCAGGACUCCGAGCAGCCGCCCCGCCGCACUCCCCUUACCCUGCCCCUCUCCACCGAGGUUCCUCCUCCUCCUCCUGUGCCACAGUCGCCCUGGACUCGUCCCCCCUCCCGGAGGACAUUGGCUUCCCCGUGCACCCCGAGAGCUACCCUCCCAUGGCGCAGCGCUACCCCCCUCAGCCGCCCCGCAGCGGUGUCCUGUGCCAGCUGCUGGACCAGCCUACAGAGGACGGCUUCACCGUCACCAGCCUGUAGGGGGUGCUGGUGGGUUCAGUGGGCCACAGGUGCCAGCGCCGUCCAUCUCACGCUUUUUCAGAUUUUUUAAAACUUUUUUUUAAGGAGAUCUUUAAAAAAGAGAGACUUCCUGGAAGACUUUUUAAAAAUAUUAACAAUGGUGACAAUGUUAUCUGACAACUGUGGACACUUUAUUUUCUUCUUAAUGGACACACUUCAGCGUGCCCCAGCAGUGACAAUCAAAAACCAAUGAAAAACAGCAACAUGCAUUCACUCUGCACACGCACACACACACACACAUGCACUCGGAUACUCAAAGCACACCAUAAACCAUUACUCAGCACUAACAGACUGUGAUUCAAUGCGCUAUACAUAUGCAUACCACACAAAAAUGUAUGUAUAAUGUGCAAACACACACACACACACACACACACAGAGGCGCACAUAAAAAGUCUGCAGUUGGGGAGGUGGUGCUCCUGGAAGGAGGGAGGCGGUGGGAGGCGGAGAAAAUAGAGGAGAAGUAGAAGAUAACAAAGGAGAAACGGAGGCUGAUGGAGGAGACCCAUGGACCUGACCCUGAGGCACCUUAGCCUGUCCCCACAGGUGCAUUCUGGGUGCGUCACGUUCCCUCCGCCGACUUUAGCAUCGCCAGCCUGCAGGGCAUUUUACUCAGUCAGCGCACUCCUUACCCACAAUGCCAUAGCUGAUCUGACGUUCCUUUUAAUGACUCUCCGAGAUGAGUACAGGAGGUUCUGAACAAUGCAGACCUUUUGCACGUCCUCUUUCCAUCGCAACACCAUCUCCCAUCAUGCUCUUGAAAAUGAAUGAUGACCUCGCCUCCAACAAUUCCCCCUCCGUUCACAGCAGCUUCUGUCGCCUAGCAACCAGCAACACCCUCUGCCAGCCCCCCACCCCCCAUCCGUGUCUUCUCGGAGCUGCAGACACUUUGCUCAUACGAUACCAGCAUCUGUACAUAGACUCCAGAAAGAAGGGGCGCGAAGAGGAAAAGGACACGCACACACACACACGUGGUGUUAUUUACAGUCAUGUGAAAUAUGCACUGAACGGCUUCGGGCUCCGCUGCCCUCGUAUACAAGGGCCGUGACAGGCGUACGCCAGUGUACAUACCUGAUUUCCUUCAGCGGGUGGGCAGUCCCUUCGGCAGGCGGGCGGGCGAGCGGGCGGGCGGGCGGGUGCUCUGCCGUGCCCCACCACCCACCGGCCCCGCCCCCUUUCUCCUGUGCUUUCUGUGGCGUUGACUACGGCAUGGUCUCAUCCUGUAGAUUUUGUUUGUUUGUUUGUUUGGUAUGUUUUCUAAAAGAGGAAAAAAGACACGGAUAUCAUAUGUGCUCACCCCAAAGAAUCGGACUUGUGUAUGUGUACAUACCCCCCCUCCCCCCCCCCCACGCGCGGGGCGCGGAGAGAAAGAGCGAGAGAGCGGGUCUGUGGUCCUGGUCCGAUGAGGGAGGUGAGUUCUGGAUCUCAGGGUGUGGACUGGACUGCCUUCUCCUCUUUUUCUUUGCUUUCUUUCACUCUCUUCUCUGUUUCCUUUUCCUGGUCUCCUAACUGUGUUGUACGGUGAUUUGUGCAAUGGAAUAUUGUAUCUGUCUAUUACAUAUGUCC